ACAAAAGAGUUUGAGCGCUGGAAGGGGCUGGGCUCUAUUGGGGGCCACUGAGCGCCGCUCCAGGACUGGGGCCCGGUGCGGGAGCCCGAGGGGGGCGUCUGGACGGCGGAGGCUAGAGGCUCCCGGGUCCGAGGCGGGAGGGGUGGGGGCAGAGAUCCCGCAGCCCCCCGCCCCCCGUCACCCCCGGAGAGGAGAGGAGAUCUGCUUUCUUGGUUUUUGCUUCUCUUUCCCCCCACCCCCACCCCGGGGGCUGGGGCAAGGGGAGUCGGGUUACAGGGUGUUUGGGGAGGGGGGCUUAGGGGGAGGGUCUAUCUUUCCAUCUCGCUUUCUUCCCCCCUCCCCAGUUCUUUGUUCCCCCUCCCCACACACCCCCUCCUCUCCUCUCCCCUCCCCUCCUCGCUUCUCUUUUCCCUUCCACCACCUCUCUCUCUCCCUCUCUCCCCCAGCUUUUGUUUCGCCAUGCCUAGUCUAGUGGUAUCUGGAAUAAUGGAAAGAAAUGGGGGCUUUGGAGAACUAGGAUGUUUCGGGGGAAGCGCUAAGGACCGAGGGCUGCUGGAGGACGAGCGCGCCCUUCAGCUGGCUCUCGAUCAACUCUGCCUCCUGGGUUUGGGGGAGCCCCCCGCCCCCACGGCGGGCGAGGACGGGGGAGGCGGGGGGGGCGGCGCCCCCGCGCAGCCGGCCGCCCCCCCGCAGCCGGCCCCGCCGCCGCCGCCGCCGGCGCCCCCGGCCGCCCCGACGGCGGCCCCCGCGGCGCAGACGCCCCAGCCCCCCACCGCCCCCAAAGGGGCGAGCGACGCCAAGCUCUGCGCUCUCUACAAAGAGGCCGAGCUGCGCCUGAAGGGCAGCAGCAACACCACGGAGUGUGUACCCGUGCCCACCUCUGAGCACGUGGCCGAGAUCGUGGGCAGGCAAGGCUGCAAGAUUAAGGCUCUGAGGGCCAAGACCAACACCUACAUCAAGACGCCCGUGCGGGGCGAGGAGCCAGUGUUCAUGGUGACCGGGCGCAGGGAAGACGUGGCCACGGCCCGGCGGGAAAUCAUCUCAGCCGCUGAGCACUUCUCCAUGAUCCGCGCCUCGCGCAACAAAUCGGGCGCCGCCUUCGGAGUGGCCCCUGCCCUGCCUGGCCAGGUGACCAUCCGUGUGCGAGUGCCCUACCGCGUGGUGGGGCUAGUGGUGGGCCCCAAGGGGGCGACCAUCAAGCGCAUCCAGCAGCAGACCAACACGUACAUCAUCACGCCCAGCCGUGACCGUGAUCCAGUGUUCGAGAUCACCGGGGCCCCGGGCAACGUGGAGCGCGCGCGCGAGGAGAUCGAGACGCACAUCGCCGUGCGCACGGGCAAGAUCCUCGAGUACAACAACGAGAACGACUUCCUGGCCGGCAGCCCCGACGCGGCGCUGGACAGCCGCUACUCAGACGCCUGGCGGGUGCACCCGCCCGGCUGCAAACCCCUGUCCACCUUCCGGCAGAACAGCCUGGGCUGCAUCGGCGAGUGCGGAGUGGACUCGGGCUUUGAGGCCCCGCGCCUGGGCGAGCAGAGCGGCGACUUUGGCUACGGCGGCUACCUGUUUCCGGGCUAUGGCGUGGGCAAACAGGAUGUCUACUACGGCGUGGCCGAGACUAGCCCCCCGCUGUGGGCGGGCCAGGAGAACGCCACGCCCACCUCCGUGCUCUUCUCGUCCUCCUCGUCGUCCUCCUCCUCCGCCAAGGCCCGCGCAGGGCCGCCUGGCGCGCACCGCUCCCCCGCCGCCUCCGCAGGCCCCGAGCUGGCCGGACUCCCGAGGCGCCCGCCCGGAGAGCCGCUCCAGGGCUUCUCCAAGCUUGGGGGCGGCGGCCUGCGGAGCCCCGGCGGCGGGCGGGAUUGCAUGGUGUGCUUUGAGAGCGAAGUGACUGCCGCCCUGGUGCCCUGCGGACACAACCUGUUCUGCAUGGAGUGCGCAGUACGCAUCUGCGAGAGGACGGAUCCGGAGUGUCCCGUCUGCCACAUCACAGCCACGCAAGCCAUCCGAAUAUUCUCUUAAGCCCCCUGCCCUGUGCUUCCUGGGCCCACUCCCCGGAGGCCCGUCCUGGACUGUUUUCCGGAAGGGCCUUUGAGAAAUCGGUGGAAUUUUCGGGACAAGGUGCUUAGAGAUGC